CAGGAGUCAGCUGCUGCUACUUCGAAGAAUGAGGGUUGUCAAGAGUCGAAAUUAACCAUUAAGACUCCGAAUACGAGGUUUUGAGUACGGAAAAAUCUAGUCAUGUGGUACCACCCCCAGAACGGCGAAGAUGUGUCACCCCACCUGGUGCAGUUUACUACUUGCAAACACAAUGCAACAUGCUUAAUUUUUCUAUAUACGAGAGCUCCUUCUCUAUAAUGCAUUUUCCAAACACUCAAACCCUCCCCGACACUCAACAAAACACGAUGUUUAUUACUUCCUUUGUUCUCCUCGUCGCAGCCGUCACUGUAUUCGCGCAGCUUCCAGCAAACUAUACAGGAGAGUACUCCUAUAGUGGAACCAAUCAAUCCGCAGACUUCAACCUCGUCAUCCAAUCCCGCAAUACGACACUCAAUGGCGCCCUGUUAGGAGCGUGUCAUGAUGGUGCGGCCUACGAGGGUCUUUGCAUCGUCAGUCCAGACUCUAGCAUUAACCGCACGGACAACUACGUCCGUUAUCAAUGGAAUACGACCUACUACAUCUGUGACAGCUAUGUCAAUGGCGUCAAGAAUGGUAGCUGUCCAGGUUUUAGUUCUGGAAAUCCCGAUCCUUAUCUCAACACCGGGAUCGUGACAUGGUGGUUGCCUUUCUAUGGGGUUAAUGACACUCAAGGGAGAGUCAGCGAGGCGAUGAACAUUGAGAUGAAUCUUAACAGCAAUGUGGCUUUGACGCAGAUCGAUUUUGAAAGUGGGACACAGGUCGCUUUUGAUAAGCAGGGCUUGAUGAAUAUUCUGGAAUAUUAUGAUGAUACUAAGGAGCCGGGAAGUGAGUAUCUGCUCAAUGCUAAUGGCAGUUCUGCCCCGAAACCCCAAUACAGGUGGCAUGUCUGCGAGACUUUGUGGACGGGUUAUCAUUAUACGACUCUGACUUGGGUGUUGGGAAUACAUUCGCCACAGAAUCCGACAUGUCAAGAUGUGAAUGUGAAGAGGGUAUUUCUCUGAAGCAUACCUUGCUGAAAAGACUUGUGAGAUGUGGGGGUUGAGAGCUGGGAUGGGAGCUCGGGAAGCUGAUGCUUGAGUCUAAAUUGUAUGUGUUGAUAUUUGAAUAAAUGCAACUCAAGUUGAGAGCUUUCAAUCAAGAUGGUAUAAGUAGUCUGUGGUUUGAGGAAAUCCUUGUAUAGUUCGCAUUGGCAUACCGCAAUUGUGUUUGGAGAGGUUGUAAUUUCUGACAGCAUAAUUGUACUGAUUUACCAUCAAAUCUCACGUUCAUG